UAUCGUCAAGAUCUUAUCUAAUUUGUUUAAUUCUACCUAUUCCUCGUAUAGUUAAGGAUUUUAUACUACCAACUUUGGUCCUAAAGGCUUUCGGUUCCCAUAAUAACUCAGCGGCGUUAAUUUAGAGCUGUCAGCCUUGGCUGCAAUGUUCACUGACUACCUCUGAGUACUUCAAUUCCUGAACUUAAUGAGUUAUUUUCCAGAGCUUCGCCAAAGUGAUUAUACCUCUCGCUCUCUCCCUCUUUAUACAUUAGGUAGUUAAAAAGGAUAGCACGUGUCAUAGGUUUCCAUCGGUUCCUUGCCUCAGUUCAACUUGCCUUGUUCGCUAAUAUGAUAUAAGGGUAACACGAUGAUUUUCAACAUACGACACCUGCUUACUUUGUCGUAUAUUACUCCAACUUGUCAAGCUUCAAAUUUUACGUCGUUUAAAGACGAGUUGGGAAUUUGGAGAGCCAGUGAGUUAGUUACCCUAGUUAACCCGUAUCCACACUCUCUCAAGACUUGGACAAUUAUAGUUAGUGUAAUCAACCACAACCCCUCAAAAGCCUUUAAGCAAAUAAAGUCUAGACAACUUACAAGUCACAAUAGUAUAUUGUUUUAAUGCACGAUCAUGCAGUAGCCUUGUUCCUACUGCGCAACAACUUCAAAGAGCGUAAAUGGUUGACACCGCCUCUUGUACCUAACAAACUCUGACUUUGCUACCUGUUACUGUUAACUACCUGUUCUUUAGAAAGUAUUAGUAUUUCAUAGUAUUAUGGAUCCAAGUAACACCGCAAAUCAUUAGGUACACUUUCUAGGUUUGUACAUGACGAGCGUGACAAGAAAAUGUUUGGGGAGUAUAAAAAAGCGCGGAGAAUAGACGGUCUUAAGAGUAACAGUCCCCCCACUCAGGCAUCAAAUACCAUUAGGUAGGUAGUAGAAAGGUUCGGGAAUGGAUAUUUUACACGUACGAUGCUGCAAAGCCAGGCAUGUUUACCAAUAACGUCUGAUUCCUCAAGCAAGCCAACGUUGGCCAACAACUCUAGGAGAGUUUGAUAGGUCGGUUUGGUGGAUAAAGACUACGGACAGACCCAGAGAGACCCAGAGAGACCCAGAACGAUGCGGUUAAGGGAUCCAAGAAUUGCUUAGCCUUAGGUACCUAGUUAGUAGCUUUGUCUCUUUACCAAGUCUCUCCAGCAACUGGUUUUUUUUUUCUUCGCUUGCCAUCUUCUUCUAAGCUCUUCGUAAAAUGAAUAUAUAUAAAAUAAAAUAAAAAAGAAUUCUUCAAUAUAAAAAAUAUUCCUCGAAUAAGAGAGAAGCAGCUAACUUUAAACUUUUUUAAUUCUCCGAAUAACAAAUGACGAGAAAC